CCCGGCGUCCGAAGGCGAAUGCGGUACUGAAAACAAGGAUCGGAGGAGAAACAAGGAGGUAGAGCUAGCCAUUGAGAUCACAAGCCCUUCACUUUACAACGAAAAAUACAUGUUAUCUCGUUUUGUAUACGUACCAGAUCUACCCAAGAAGACACAAUAGGAUGAAAGGCAGAGCUGAUUGAGUGUCUGCAGGCUGCCUCUGAGUUCUCGUUCCUGGAGUGGGAUUUGGGUGAGAGUGUGAUACCUGCAGCUAGCCACAGAGCGGCGCUCUUCCUGUGAACCCCGAGCCUGCGUUAGACCAGCGAUCGCCUGCCUGGGAGACAGCAGCCGCUGCCCAGCCCUCACCCUCGCCCUCGCCUGCGGCCACCAUGGUGCUGUCACAGAGACAAAGAGACGAAUUAAAUCGAGCAAUAGCCGAUUACCUACGCUCCAACGGCUAUGAAGAGGCUUACUCCGUUUUCAAGAAGGAGGCAGAAUUAGACAUGAAUGAAGAGUUAGAUAAGAAGUAUGCGGGUCUUUUGGAGAAGAAAUGGACUUCGGUCAUCAGAUUACAAAAGAAGGUGAUGGAGCUGGAGUCGAAGCUGAACGAGGCGAAAGAGGAGAUCACUUUGGGGGGACCCAUCGGCCAGAAGCGUGACCCCAAAGAGUGGAUCCCCCGCCCCCCGGAGAAGUACGCCCUGAGCGGCCACAGGAGCCCCGUCACCCGGGUCAUCUUCCACCCCGUGUUCAGCGUCAUGGUCUCCGCCUCCGAGGAUGCCACAAUAAAGGUGUGGGACUAUGAGACGGGGGACUUCGAGCGCACGCUGAAGGGCCACACGGACUCGGUGCAGGACAUCUCCUUCGACCAGACCGGCAAGCUGCUGGCCUCCUGCUCUGCCGACAUGACCAUCAAGCUGUGGGACUUCCAGGGGUUCGAGUGCAUCCGGACCAUGCAUGGACAUGACCACAAUGUUUCCUCUGUAGCCAUCAUGCCUAACGGAGAUCACAUAGUGUCUGCCUCCAGGGACAAAACCAUCAAGAUGUGGGAGGUAGCGACUGGGUACUGCGUGAAGACGUUCACGGGCCACAGAGAGUGGGUGCGCAUGGUGCGGCCCAAUCAGGACGGCUCCCUGAUCGCCAGCAGCUCCAACGACCAGACGGUGCGGGUGUGGGUGGUGGCCUCCAAAGAGUGCAAGGCGGAGCUACGAGAGCAUGAGCAUGUGGUGGAGUGCAUCUCCUGGGCCCCCGAGAGCUCCUACCCCACCAUCCUGGAGGCCACAGGCUCGGAGACCAAGAAGAGUGGGAAGCCUGGCCCCUUCCUGCUGUCCGGCUCCAGAGACAAAACCAUCAAGAUGUGGGACGUCAGCACUGGCAUGUGCCUUAUGACACUGGUUGGCCAUGAUAACUGGGUGCGGGGAGUGCUGGUUCACCCGGGAGGAAAGUUCAUUGUGAGCUGUGCUGAUGACAAGACCCUGCGCAUCUGGGACUACAAGAACAAGCGCUGCAUGAAGACCCUGAGUGCCCACGAGCACUUCGUCACCUCUCUGGAUUUCCACAAGACUGCUCCCUAUGUCGUAACCGGGAGCGUAGAUCAAACAGUAAAGGUGUGGGAGUGCCGCUGAUUGUACCUGCAGGGCCACGCCCCUCCCUGCCACGCCCCUCUACACCCCACCCCCGCCCUCCUUCUACAUCUUCUCCUCUUGGAUGCACUCAGUACCAUGGUUAUAACCCAUCGAGCUCUGUUUAAAUAACUAUUGUCCUUUUAUGUAAAUUAUUCUGGAUGUAGAUUGAGCUAUUAAAUGUUACACAAAAAAGUAUUCUUGCAUGGUGAAUCCAAAAUUGUAUACUGUAAAUUUA